AUGAAGUUGGCAUCUUCGAAGAAACCAAAACCAAGCAAGAAGCGCAAGCAACCUUCUAACGCAAAUGAGGAGAAGGAAGAGAAGACUCCAUUCUUACGAUUGUACAAGCAGACAUGCGAGAAAAUAGAAAGUGGAGUGGAGAAGAUAACUUCAAGUGUUGAAGCAUCAUCCGCUCCUCUCACAAACCAUGUUCCCACCAUUUCAGAAAUGGAUGCAAGAAUGGAAGAAGUGGCCAUAAAGGGACAGGAGGGAAUGAAACUUCUAGCUGAACUUGCAAAUCAGGCUGCUAUCAUGGGAAACCUAGGUAACCUCUAUGUUGAGCGAUACUUGAACAAAACAUACAGAGUGCCUCAGCAAACAGGACUUCAAUGGGUCAUGGAGUGUUACGGUCGACCUAGAUACUUUUAUAAAAUCUUUCGAAUGGGCAAUGAUGUUUUCAUGGCACUUCAUGAUUUGCUUGUCUCUGCAUAUGGUUUGACGUCAACCACUAAUGUUUCAUCAAUUGAGUCACUGGCCAUGUUCUUAUGGAUUGUUGGAGGCCCUCAAUCAUUUGCUCAAGCUGAGAACCGUUUUGUACGAUCACUUUGGACAGUUCAUACAAAGUUUAAGGAAGUUUUGUUAUGUUUGCGCAAGUUAGCGAAAGAUAACAUCAAACCUAGAGAUCCUACUUUUAGGCAUGAGCAUGAAAAGAUUAAGGAAGAGCGUUUCUGGCCUCAUUUCAAAGGCGCUAUUGGUGCCAUAGAUGGAUCACAUGUGCCAGUUUCAGUGCCUGCAGAUGAUGCGGUUAACCAUAGAUGUCGACAUGGUUUCACAUCUCAGAAUGUGCUUGCAGUAUGUGACUUUGACACGAGGUUUACUUUUGUGGUUGCGGGUUGGCCGGGCUGUGCACAUGAUACAAGGGUCUUGAAUCAUGCAUUAGCACACUUCCCUUCAUUUCCUAUACCACCCAAAGGGAAAUACUAUCUUGUCGACUCUGGGUAUCCAAACCGAACGGGAUACCUUGCUCCUUUUAAGGGGAGUACAUACCAUCUGUCGGAAUUUCGUCUUCGCCGUCAUGUCCACCUGAAGGGAA